AAUCACAAUGUGCAAUAUUCAUGGAUUCCAGAUAUUUCAUACCAGAUGCAAUUUGGAUAAUAAAACUUAAACGGCUGCCAUAGCUGCGAAGAAUAGACACGAAUUGAGAUACGAAGAAAUGACAUCUUAAUACAUCAUUAAGAUAACAAGAAGAAAUAGUACAUAACGGACAACAUAGUUAUUACUUUGGAUGGAUGUAUUCCGCGAUGCGGUUUAACAAGCAAGAACUAUUGACUUUGGCUACACAACCUUCGCAGAAAUUUGAGAAAGAGGGUAUAUUAUACGUGCGUGAACGUCAAGAAGGCUUCUUUCGCAGAACUGAAAGUACAGGUAGAAAAUCAAACAACAAAUGUCAAAAGGGAAAAACACAUAAGACACUACGAGACUUCAGUUGCGUUACAGCCAGUACAAGUAAAGUAAGUUUGGAGAGAUGGUGCAGGUUGCGGGGGAACUUAUUAUUUUAUUUCAAAUCGCGGGACCAAUGGUCGGAACCAUUAGGUGUGAUAAUUCUCGAACAAUGUUUUGUUCGAGUGGAGCAACCGAGCAAUCAGAUUCCAUAUGGAUUCAGUAUAGUUUUCGACGGAGGUUUAUUCCAAGCAUUAGGUGCAAACUCAGCUGAGGAAAGAGACAGUUGGUUGCAAGCUCUUCAACUUGCUAGUUAUGAGUGCAUGCGAAGUCAAUUAUUAGCAUUGCAACAACGCAUAGAAGCAUUUAGUGGGCAUAAACACGAUACUGAUAUCCAUAUGUUACGCUUACAACGUGCAAUUUCAACAGAUCCUGCUGAAAUACCAAUAUGUGAAAUAUCAUUAGCAUGCGAUAAUCUUCUUUGUGAUGGUCACGGUCGACCACCUAAUCCUGUUCUAGAAAUAGAUGUGCAAGUGAAAAAUUCAAAAACUUGGAUAAAAUACGCGCGAACUGAAGUCGUAGAGCGAAGCAGCAAUCCCGGUUUCUUAACAACUGUAACCUUCCGAACAAGUGAUGGCCUAAGUACUGAAACGAAAGUAAGGAUAUCCGCGUAUGAUGUUAGGGAACGCGUAAGUCAAACAGCGACACCAAUUGGAAGCGCAAUUGUUACGUUGAAUACGAUUCAGGAUACACCUAGAUUAAGAAUACCUUUGAAGUCGACAAAAACAACAACAGUUGGUUUCUUAACAAUUAAUGUGUGGAAUUUAGAAGCAGAAGAUAGAGGAAAUAGCACAGAGAGUACUCCAUCGAAAGAAGCUUCUUCUGGAGGCAAUCACCAGAUACUUUCACACAGACGAUCCCAAUCAUUACCACCAAGAUUAGGAACGAAAAUCAAAUUACCGCAUCAAGGACAACUUAAGCUUCUUUUUGCCAAUCCAUAUAUACAAACAUAUAGAUUUCACUCUGGUUUAGGUGGAGAUAUUUGUGUACAUGAAAUUAUGGCAGAAAGUAAACUUUGUUUCCAAUUCCCACAACAUUUACUUGCAAUUUGGAUUCAAGAAGAAAAAGAGCUAUUGCAAGAAGUGGCCGGUAUGGGCGAAUUGCGAGAACCUUGGCAUACAAAGCAAGUAGAAUUGCUCGAUCGUCAUCUUCAUCUUUUACACCUUUAUUCUCAAGCUAAAGAGAAUUUGGCUGCAUUUAAAGGAAGUUAUUUCAAACGAUCAUCACGUAGGAAUGAUAGAACCCUUGAAUUUGCACCUGUUAACUUACAUCUUCAAAGAAUGUGGGUGCAUAAUGAUACUCUAAACAGAUGUGGAUUUUACGAUUUUAUUACUGUCGGAGCAUUUACCGCGCAUUCGCAUAAAAGUAAAAAUGGUGGACUCAUUAGGUUAUUACAAGCUUUAAAAGAAUCACCAACGCGUAAUAAUCAAUUGUACCAAGGAACGUCAAAAAUAAUUAUGGCACACGAUGCUAUUCAGGCGAUUAAGCAACUUAGACGAGAUGUUGUCGAUGCGAUGCGUGCUUUAAUGAAACUUGCAAAAGACAAACAAACCAGUGGAAUGUUACCAAUUUGCGAAGAUAUGAUUACAAAGACUAGAAUUUUGCUUAGUCUUUGGGAUCCUGGAUUGGUCGAGGAAGCAUUAACCUUUUUAGAGGAAUAUAAAGUAGCUAAGGUUCACGAAACAUCGAAUGAAAAUUCUCUCAAUUUAGAUUUUAAAACAAAUCAAUCGUUAUCUCCUUUCAAAAGGAUUACACAACAAUUGAAUUUUGAUUUAAAAAGUCCUGAUUUUGAUGAUUUUGUUACACCUGAUACGCCAGAAUGCAUGAAAGAUUUGUGGAUAAAAGAUAAAAAUGGUUAUACGGCUUCGUUUAACGAACAUGUUCACGUAAAUCAUCAUAUUAAUACUAAUCAGGAUGUUGAAAAGAACGAAGAAAAUUUUGUUAUUUUUCCUGAUGUUGAAAAUGAUGGUAAGAAUUCUGAAAUUGAAGAAAAUUGCAUGGAAACUAAUCAAAAUGUCGACAAUGGGAAUAAUCCUGUUAAUGAAACUAUUGCUAACAUCAAAUCCGAAAAUAACGAGGAAAGAGAGGAGGAAAUCAAAAUUGACAUUGAUCCGUGCAAACGGUUUUUAGAUACUCAAAAAAUGUGCAAUUCACCUUCUGCUAAUUAUUAUAAACCUACUGAUGAACCUGAGCCCUGGGAUCUAACUCAAUUAAAUAUUGAAGCAAGCGUAAUGUGUUUAGUAUCGAAAGUGAAAUUUCUUUGUGGAAGGUGCAGUAGUCCCGCAGUACGAUUGCGAAAUAAAAAUGUUGUAGGAAGAUCACAUAGUCUAAAAGGAUGUAUUCCAAAUAAUCGUAAUAAAAAUGCCCAAGUUGUAACAAUUCAACCAAAAAAUGAUAUUAAAAACGACGAAUCGAGUAAAUUGCUUGAAAGCGUGGAAAAUAAUUCAAAUUUUCGACAACAAUUGAGUCCAGGUUCGGAAAUGACGAUGCCAGCUUUUUCUAAAGCUAAAGAAGUGUGUCAAGCUGUCGAUUCGAUGACGAGAGUGAUUAAAUGCAAUUCGGGACAAAGGAAUAAAUUCACCGAGGGUCUAGAUUUUGCCUCGAUCGUCGAUUGGACAAGUGAGCUAAGACCAAGUAUGAAAAAACUACGACAAGCUAUGGAUGGUUUGCUGAAAACUGCUCGAUUGACUCAUUCGGUAUUCAGAGUGCAAGAAGAUCCAAAAGCGGCUCAACGUGCUUGCAAUGUUCGUUAUAGACGAGAUGUCUGUUUCAGUCAAGCAUUGACUAGUCUAGUAUCGGGAUUGAUGGCGAAACUUUGGUGUCAAAGACCUGAUCCUAUGUUUCUUUUAAUCUUGACCACUCUUGGUCCUCUAGUUUCAUUUGAAGGUCUUCUCAGUUAUUAUGGAGAUGAAAUAGAUAUGUGGGGAGAUAUGACUGUAGCGAUAGAAGAUAUGCAUACAGUAACUUUUACGUUAACCAGAUGUGGCAUUGAACCAAGGCUUGAAGGAAACAAUAAUGCUCCGUUUCAACAACCAUUACCAAAAGUGCUUGGUUCUCGAGCAGCCUUAACAGUGAUACUUCCAGUUCCAGAUGCGAUUUAUUCUCUUCUUCCGCUAGUCCCUUCUUCUAGACAAACGAUUUCCUUCAAUGUUACUCCUGUUUUUUUUAAUGUUGGUAUUAAUGAAAUGGCUUCUCUGGCAGAAAGUCUCGGAACCACAAAACCGCAAGAAAAAAGCAAUAUGGAUAAUUUUGAAAGACUAAACGAGUAUUACUUACGAUUCAAGAAACUUAAUUUACCGACAGAGACAUCGACACGACUUGGUGCAAGAUCACCUCUUGGUCAAACUUUAGUAGAACUGAUGGCCAAUUUAAAAGCAAGUGUUCAAGCCAAAGUAAAUAAGAACGUUGAAAUUUUACAAUUAUCUUCUCAAAUUUGUCGGAGAAUGCGCGGUUUGAGAUUUACUAGCUGCAAAAGUGCAAAAGAUCGCACUGGAAUGUCUGUUACGUUGGAGCAAGUGAACAUCUUAACUGCCGAGUAUCAUCUAGCCGAGCAUGAAUACAUAAGAGCGCUCGACUGUAUGCGAAGCGAAGGAUGUCGGCGAGAGAAUACAUGGAAAAAUAUUGGAAUUCGGAAAUACGCGUUUAAUAGUUUGCAAAUACUGACAUUUCCGAAAUUGUAUCGUCCACCAACAGGAACUUAUGGAUCGGCGCAAACUUAAAAAAGAGGUUUAAAUAGUAAAAAUACUUGAUUUUUCCAGAAUGUAUAUGAUAACAGUAUGGUAUGAAUCCAUUCAUAUGAAAAACAAAAAAUGGAUUAAAUUAGAUCGAACUUUACUUGUACAAAUUAUGCAUAUAUAUACAUAUAUGUAGUUUUUAUUCUCUUAGACUCGAUAAGACACGAGUCAAAUCGUUAUGAAAUCAAAAAUUCUAUUUGUUUGGUAUGAUGUAUACAUACACACGCUAUGUGUGCUGAUCGACUUAUCAUGGAAACGAAAGCGAGUGCCAUUUUAUUUAGUCUAUCGCGUGUUAGUAACAAAGAUUGUAAAAUUUUUAAAUGAUGUAUUUUUAUUAUUUCUGUAUAUAGUACUUUACUUUAGAUAAAGAUAUAGAAAAUGUAAUAAGAUAUUUAAAAAUUUUAUCAAAAUUCACGUUAUGUGCCAAUGAUUGUAUUUAUUAAAAAAUGUUUCAUCAUGAUAAUGUUCGUACGAGUAAAACAUCUUGAUUGAUAAAAUUAAAAUUUAAUCAUCGAUAAACAUUGGUCUUCUUACAAUAAACUAAUGAAUAAUUAAUUAAAGAAGUAUUAAUCGAUGAUUCAAAUUGAAAAACUUGUGAUGAUUAUCACAUUUCAUUAAUUUUUCUCACAUAUAUUUCCGAAAAUUCAUUUCUUCAUUUAAAUCAUUUUAUUUAAUCGUUAUGAAUUUAUUUGAUCAUUAAUAGGUUAUUCUGUUAUUUUCUUUUGAAAUAAUUUCAUCGGCAAUAAAAUGUAUAAUAUUAAAUUCGCAACGAAACUAAGUACGUUGUGUGAGUAUGAAAUUCUGCAGAGAAAAUAUAAUAUCUUGUUAGAGUACAAAUUAAAUUUUAAAUGAACUAUUAUCUUUUCAUUUAAAUAUAUGUACGCACACACAAUACAUACAUGCAAAGUAAAAAAUAUAUAAUAUAUAUAUAUUUUUUAUAACUUUA